AAAAAAUUUCAUGCCCUUCUCCUCCUUCGGCACUGCUCUCCCGGGUCUGCGAUUCAAGUUGCGCCAUCGUUGCAGUCGAUCCCAGGUAAUCAAUCAUCCUAGGCUUUCGAUAGUCUCCGACGGCGACGAUCUUGGCUUGAACGACGCUCAAAAGGCUUCAGGAUAGCUCAAUUUGUCAUUCGUCCGACCGAGCAGGAGCUCUCACGUCAUCUAAAGUUCAAUCCCUCUUCUGUUCCUCUUUGGUCGAGAGUAUACUUUGACGUUCGGUUGUUCUUCGCAUGCCCUCGAACUUGUUGAUCUUGUCUCUCUCUCUCUCUCUGCCAACGUCUAGAUAACCAUCUCACGUCGUAUCGUCCGCCGAUUCAUCGAAUGAUCUUGUCUGCCGAACCUAUCGCAUUCCACGUUCACCACCUGUUCGAUGUAUUGCCUCAGAGACAUUAGUAUUGAUUCGAGAGUGUGCUGUGUGUUAUAUGUACGUUACUGCUUGAUAUAUUGAGCUGGCGACAUAGCUGCCGAUCCACCUCCGUCGGGCUCGCGGCGAUUUACCCUCAAUCCACAACCAUGACCACCGCGUCCUCCGCCGCCGACCGGCCGAACCCGCCGCCGGGGCUGAUCAUCUCAGCCACCGAGCACGUCCGCCGUUUCCUCUCGUCAGCGUCCCACGACCCGGACCUCCCGGAACAGCUCCGGAACCUGGCCUCCGAACUUUCCUCGCUAACCAAUUUGCCUUACAAGUCGCUCCGGGAGAUAUGGAUCGCGUCUCGCCCGGAGGCCCGACCGGGUUGGCCCCGCCUGCUCUCCGGGUCCCACUUCGUCUUCACCAGCCCCAAGCCCAGAGAGAAGAGUGAAGAGUUGAAGGUGAGAUUGAGGAAGCUUUCCGAGAUGGCAGAAAAGAAAGAGUACGAGGAGCUUGUGAAAGACAUCACCCCCAAGAAAGACACCAAUGAGCCCUUCUCUUCCUACAAAGAUCAACUCGGGUUUGGCUUACAUGUUGUGCUUACAAUGUUUACUGGAUAUUUGCUUGGAUAUGCUGCAUUCAGAGCAUUAUUCGGCCACAGUCCUGUAAUGAAUGCUGCUGGUGGAAUUCUUGGAUUGGUAUGUGGAAUGCUCUUGGAGACCCUUCUUUUCAUAAUUAGGACUUCAAAUCAGGAUUUGAGACCUCCCUCUUCUGCUUCAAGGACAAAAAAGAAUCAAUAAGAUUUGGUCCGACGAGCCAAAGAGGUUAGCCAUCUAAUCGAUUCCUCUUGCUGAUGUUUGUCUUGUUGAGGCGAAGCAAGUGCUCGUACCAUUAGGGGUCCAUAUGGAUCCUCAUAUGCAACUACACUGAGAGCUUGGUGGAUCGCGGCUUCACGAUUCGAGUGCUGUGUGGCACGUACGAAAUUGGGUCCUCGGCUGAAGGCUCAUCUUUGCUUCACGAGUCUCCAAAGCAUCUGAAAGCCGCAGCCUCUUCGAGCAUAAAGUGACAGUGAUGUCCCUCAUGCUUCCUUGUACUGAAGUCAGAUCCCAUGGUAAAGGUUGUCGCUUAGUAGUCUUUUGAUCUUCAAAUUAACUAGGAGCUAGAUGAACUGUUGUUAGUUGCUGAAUAACCCACUUGGAGUGAAAUCUUUCCUUAUACUCUUUGUCUAUGCUAAUGAUCACGUCCUCCCACGCCGCGAUCCAUUCGUUUCUGGAAAGAAGCGAGGGAUCUUUCUAUGAAAAAUGACAGGAAGUGCAGGCUCUAAUGGGGUAAAAUUAGGAGAUUUGCUUGAUGAUGAAGAAUGGAUUUUACUAA